AUGACGACACUCCAAACCACACCCACAACCAACACCGCCAACCCCCCCACCAUCACCACCAUCACCACCGACACCAACCCACCCCAACAACCCCCUCCACAAACCCCCAAAAAGAAACUAAUCAACCUCCUCCGCGGCUGGCCCGCCCCGAGCCUCCUCCCCGCCGCAGGCCUGCAGGCCGCCGCCACCUAUGUCCUCUCGAACCCGGAGCUGGCCGUGCCUGUGCUGCAGUAUGCGCCGGAUCCGGGGUACCAGCCGCUGAGGGAGGAGUUGGCGCGGUGGUUGGGGGGUGUUUAUGCUUAUGCGGGGGCUUGGAACUCUUCCGGUGAUAGAGAGUUAAAGGGGGGUAGGGGUGGUGGUGAGAGUGGUGAGAGUGGGGGUGGAGGGAGUGGCAGUGACGGCGGCAACAUGACGGCGGACGAGUUCGCCAUCACGGGCGGGGCCAGCCAGGCGCUGGCGUGUGUGCUGCAGUCGUUUACCGACCCGGGCUACACGCGCGCCGUGUGGGUGGUUGCGCCGUGCUACUUUCUGGCGUGUGCCAUCUUUGAGGACUGCGGGUUCCAUGGAAGGCUGCGUGCCGUGCCGGAGGAUGAGGUCGGGGUGGAUGUGGGUGUGCUGGAGAGGCGGUUGAGGGAGUGUGAGGAGGAGCCGUGGGAGAACCACCCCUCCAAACACCCCUCCCCCGACCGCAAACUCUACCGCCACGUCAUCUACCUCGUCGCAACCUGCGCCAACCCCUCCGGCAAAACCAUGCCGCUCUUCCGCCGCCAGCAACUCGUCCACCUCGCCCGCAAGCACGACGCCCUCAUCAUAAGCGACGACGUCUACGACCUCCUCCAAUGGCCCGUCUCCCCCACCCCUCCAUCUCCCACCACCCCAUCCGCACCCCCAUCCCCAUUGCCUCCAAUCCCCCCCCUCCCCCUCCUCUCCCAAAUCGACGCCGCCCUCCCCCCCUCCCCGCACGAACCCCAGGGCCAUACCCCCCACCCCCGCUUCGGCCACGCCAUAUCCAACGGCUCCUUCUCCAAGCUCGUCGGCCCCGGCGUGCGCACGGGCUGGAUCCACGCCAGCCCCGGGUUCGCCGCCGGGUUCGCCGCCACGGGCACCAACCGCAGCGGGGGCGCGGCGAGCCAGUUCGCGGCGGCGAUCGUGUGGCGGUUUUUGAGUGGGGUGGAUGCGGGAGUGGUGGCGGAGCGGGCGAGGGUGGAGGAGGAGUUGGUGGUUGGGCCGGGGGCGAUCUUUGAGGUGGCCGGGGACGAGGCGGCGGUGAAGUUUCCGCGGAAUUUGAGGCUGAGCUUUUCGUGGGUGGAUGAGGAGGAUAUUGUUGAGGGUGUGGCGAGGCUGGGGAGGGUGGUUAGGAGCGUGUUGGAGGACGGAGGGAAGGGGGGGGUUGGGGAGAGGAGUGGAAAGUCGGAUACGGGGGCAUUCAAGUAG